GAUAACUUGAACAAACUGUCAUCUCUAAUAUAAACAGCUGUGUUUACAAUACGCUGAACAACAACAACAAAACAAACGAAACAUGUUUCGCUGUUACCAAACAUUAGUUUUAAUUUAAUUAGUUUAGUUAUAAAGUAAAAACAAAAUAAAAUAUAAUCAAAUCAAAAUAUAAAAAAAAUGCUGGCAAAUUUAAAUAAAACUAAAAAUUUGCUUUAUCGCACCUAUACAACAAAAGCGAAAAGGAGUUUACUGAAACAGGAUCAAACAAAAAUUAAAGUUAUUGAAACAAAACCUUCGAAUCCUCAUAAGGAACGAGUAUACGCAUGGGGCUACCAGGAGACUGGGGCCUUAGGAUUACAAACUAAUGUUAAAAAGGCCCAAGAACGCUACACUGACAUGGUGCAUCAUCCCACCCGUAUGCAGUUCUCGGUAAAUAAUGAAGUUAUUGAUGUAACUGCUGGCUAUGGCUUUUCUGCCUUUGCGGUCAAGCGUUCCGAUGGUGAGACAUUAUUUGGUGCUGGUUUAAAUACCGAUUCACAGUUGGGCUUACAAGUGAAAGGCACCCGCAAUGAUCCCAGAAAUUUAGAUGUUAUCAUAUAUCCCACGGCCAUAAAACUGCCCCGCAUAGAGGGGGAGACAGAUGAGGAUAUGUUAAUAAAAUGCAUGUCAGCCGGAAGAGCUCAUCUAGUGGUGGUUACCAAAAAUGGCACUAUUUUUACCAUGGGCAAUAAUGCCUAUGGACAGUGUUGUCGUGAGAUAAUAGAAGAUGAGGCCUAUAAGGGAAGCUCCUUAAUAUAUCGUCUAUCACAAAAGGAUAUUUGUGGCGAGGAAGAUGAAAUUAUAGAUGUAGUAUGUGGACAGGACCACACCAUGUUUUUAACACAAAAAGGGCGUGUUUAUACCUGUGGCUGGGGAGCAGAUGGUCAAACGGGUCAAGGUCAUUAUGAGACUUCGGGCAGAGUUUCACAGGCUUUGGGCGAUAUUUCAAAAGAACAUAUAGUUAAAUUGGCCUGUUCUUCGGAUUGUGUUCUAGCGCUUAAUGACAAAGGCGAAGUGUUUGGUUGGGGCAAUUCUGAGUAUGGCCAAUUGGAUGACUCUGAAAAUGCCGUCACCCAAAUAAAUACCCCACAGUAUCUGAAACUAACUCAAGGUAUAGGUAAACUAAAAGACAUAGCUGCCGGUGGCUCCUUUUGCAUGGUCCUCAACGAAGAAGGUCUGGUAUAUACUUGGGGAUUUGGUAUUUUAGGCUUUGGUCCGUACGUAGAGCAAACAUCUAAGCCACAACAUUUGCUACCACCGCUCUUUGGCCGCAAUGAUUUCAGCGACAAGACCUAUGUGACCUCAAUAGGUUGUGGUGUUUUCCAUAUGGGUGCUAUCAAUUCUGAUGGUGAUCUAUUUAUGUGGGGUAAAAAUCGUUUUGGCCAUUUGGGCUUGGGUCAUAAACAAGAUCAAUUUUUCCCCCUGAAGACUGCUGUUAAUGGAAAGGUGACGAAAGUGGCGUUUGGUGUUGAUCAUACAUUGGCCAUGUGCAAGCCGUUUAUGUAGAAAACUUAAAUGUUUAGUUUAUGUAUUUGUUGUAGAUUAAGAGAUAAAAUGUAUUUAGUGCAUAAAUAUAUAAAUUUCUGUAAAACUAAUGAAAACAAAUUAAAUUGGGUGUGAAUCCGGAGGAAACGAAGUUGCUUCUUCUUAUCAGAAAGUAAAA